AUGAAUGGUGACAGCAUGCAGGACCUCGUGAGCACACCACCAAUGCACCUGAUCGACUUUUGUUCGAUGCCCAUGCGAUACGACGGCGUCGUAGCAACCAUGCCCACACACUAUGGGCCUUCAUCUGGUGCGGCUGCCUCUCAAAUGGCCACACCACCACAACCUCCGUUUUCACCUGUGAAUUCGGUGGUAGAGCCGGCGCACAACACACGCUCGAAGCGGGCUUCCAUGGAGUCGUGCAUGCGGCCCCAGUGCUACAUCUGUGGCAAGAAGUUUGAGAACCCCAUGCAUCUGCACACGCACAUGGAGCUCCACGCACCGUUUACAGGGGAGGGUCAGCCAAUGGUGUCUGGAGAAAAUAACAAGAUGCCCCCGCUGUCGCUGCUGCCCAACCCACCACCACCCCGCCCUCCCCCGCCACCACCACUGUCUCGUCACAGCUCUUCAGGCAAGGGCUCCCAUCAGGGAACACUCCACUCCUGCUACAUAUGCAUGAAAACGUUUAAGCAGGUGGGCCACCUGAAGACACACCUGAGACUUCACUCGGGCGAGAAGCCAUACGAGUGUCAGGUGUGCAAGAAGAAGUUCACCCAGAGUGGCAACCUGCUGACCCAUACGCGCACGCACACCAACCACAGGCCAUACGUGUGCAAGUAUUGCAACAAGAGCUUCACCGAGAAAGGCAACCUCAACGAACACGAGAGGCUGCAUUCGGGCGAGCGGCCCUACCAGUGCACCGUCUGUUCCAAGUGGUUCACCCAGAGUAGCCACCUGUCCAACCACAUGCGCCUCCACUCGGGUGAACGCCCCUUCAAGUGCCAGGUGUGCCGAAAGACCUUCAAUCAGAGCCCGCACCUGAAAACCCACAUGCGCCUUCAUACGGGUGGACGUCCGUACUCAUGCCCUGUGUGCCAGAAGUGCUUCAUCCAGACGAGCCACCUGACCAACCACAUGCGCAUCCAUACAGGCGAGCGCCCCUACAACUGCCACAUCUGUGACAAGGCCUUCACUCAGAGUGGAAACCUGGCCAGCCAUUUGCGCUCUCACCAAGGUCGCACCCUGGGUGGAUCUAGCACGUCCUGCACAGGACGAACGGCUGAGCCGGCGCACAACACACGCUCGAAGCGGGCUUCCAUGGAGUCGUGCAUGCGGCCCCAGUGCUACAUCUGUGGCAAGAAGUUUGAGAACCCCAUGCAUCUGCACACGCACAUGGAGCUCCACAGCACCGUUUACAGGGGAGGCUCUUCAGGCAAGGGCUCCCAUCAGGGAACACUCCACUCCUGCUACAUAUGCAUGAAAACGUUUAAGCAGGUGGGCCACCUGAAGACACACCUGAGACUUCACUCGGGCGAGAAGCCAUACGAGUGUCAGGUGUGCAAGAAGAAGUUCACCCAGAGUGGCAACCUGCUGACCCAUACGCGCACGCACACCAACCACAGGCCAUACGUGUGCAAGUAUUGCAACAAGAGCUUCACCGAGAAAGGCAACCUCAACGAACACGAGAGGCUGCAUUCGGGGCGAGCGGCCCUACCAGUGCACCGUCUGUUCAAGUGGUUCACCCAGAGUAGCCACCUGUCCAACCACAUGCGCCUCCACUCGGGUGAACGCCCCUUCAAGUGCCAGGUGUGCCGAAAGACCUUCAAUCAGAGCCCGCACCUGAAAACCCACAUGCGCCUUCAUACGGGUGGACGUCCGUACAAAUGCCCUGUGUGCCAGAAGUGCUUCAUCCAGACGAGCCACCUGACCAACCACAUGCGCAUCCAUACAGGCGAGCGCCCCUACAACUGCCACAUCUGUGACAAGGCCUUCACUCAGAGUGGAAACCUGGCCAGCCAUUUGCGCUCUCACCAAGGUCGCACCCUGGGUGGAUCUAGCACGUCCUGCACAGGACGAACGGCUGGCAAUACACCACCACGGCGUCCAGCGCCACACAUCAUGAACUUGACUCCAGCUGCUCCAGCUGACCCCGAUGCGGCAGCCCCUACAACUUAA